AUGACUUCGUCAAAAGAAUGGCAAAAAAAUGCUAAACGGCGAGCUCUACUGGCCCUAGGACACAGAUCUCCAAGCCAACCGCCAACGAUUGUCAACAAGCAUGCCAAAGAUUCAACGACGCGGGCCAAGUAUCCAGACGGCGCCGUGUGGAGCUUUGGCGAAAAUGGGAAGCUUUUCGAGGAAACCGAUCCCUUCGUCGAACCACCAAUCUUCGUGGACCACGGCCUGAACUUGAAAGUCGGGAAGGAGACCUUUCUGAACUCCAAUCUCUUUGUUCUUGAUACCUGUCUCGUCGCCAUUGGGGAGAGGGUACUUUUUGGCCCUAAUGUCUGCACCUACGGUGCGACGCAUCCUAUGGAUUCGGCAAUAUGGCAAGGGAUCAAGGGACCCGAAGAUGGGAAGGAGGUCCAUAUUGAAGAUGAUGUGUGGGUUUGUGGGAAUGUGAUUAUCCUGGCUUGUGUGAGGGUCGAAAGAGGGAGUACUGUGGGUGCUGCGUCUGUGGUGACGAGAGAUGUCCCCCCCUUUCACUUCGUUGCGGGAAAUCCUGCACGGGUAAUCCGUCGGAUUGAGACAAGCAUGGAUCCAGAAUAUCGUGCUAAGGAGACCGAGGGACAGUAG